GUAACUGAGUUUAGUUACUGAAAUCCAAUAUGUCUCUAUUUCGUCUUGCAGUCCCCAUCAGUGGACGUCCUUUGUUCACGAGGUUGUAUAACACCUCGCCUCAUCUAAAAUAAUUCAUUGCAUUACAAUACAAGACCCCGAUCUCAAUAUAUGUGCAACUAGCUGUGCACUCGACCACGGAGUCGGAUCUUCAAGGAAGCCAUGCAGUAAUGGUUAAAUACAUCGAAAGGAUGGCAGAAUAUGGCAGAUAGGAUUGAAAGUUGUUAUGACUGUGAAGAGGUAGCAACAGCCUUCUCCUCUGGGUGCAAAGGAACUUAUGUCUUCUUGAUACACUUGGAUGUCAACCUAUUUUCUUCUAAACUUAAACAUAACGAGACUAAAAAGAGAAAGUUGAAAGAAAUCGAGAAGAAAGUAUCAGCAUUAAGAAAUACCACAGGCGGAGAGAUCCUUAUUCAUUUGCAUGGUCAGAAUCCAGGAGACAGGUACCUUGGUCACUUUGACAACUUUACAGAUUACAGCCUGAAGAAUCUAAUCCCCGAUGGACAACUGUUCACGGAUGUUUACAGACGUCAGUGGUUGUGGGAUGUUUUUCCUGGUUUCGAGAGUACCCCCGUUCUUCUCCUCACUGUAAACAAAGCACGGUCUGUAUGUACAGUACAUUUUUACACAAAGGUUCCGUCGGAUUGUAUGAUUGAAAAUGCGUCGACCAUUGGUUUCAUCUCCCUCUUGUCCAGAAAGGUGAUCGCAACAGCAACAGAACCAACACUAAGAGGAAUCCACAACUUUGAGAAACGACUUCAUGAAAGCAGACACAUUGAACUUAAGAGUGUUUUCACGAAAAAAGAUCGAACAUUUCAUAACAUUUCCUUGUUUGUCGAUUACAUCUGGACUGAUCUGAGAUUCAGGGAAUAUUUAUGUUCCAUGUCAAAACUUGAAGGUGGGGGUUCAUUCUUCGUGGGAAUUAACGAAAGAAAUGGAGGUGGAACGUACGACUCAAGGGAAAUAAAUCCCAACGGUUUUCCCUGCAACUGGAGCGUUGACGAGUUUGAGACGUCUUUGGAGGUUAAACUAGUGUGUGACACAUCCUAUCAAGGACCAGACGGUGCUCUCACUUCUGUCCCCACCAGUCUCAUUAAGAUUGCACUGUAUAACUCUCCUUUGCAAAUCCAGACUAGUCCUCACAAUUUAAAGGUUUUAGAAAUUGCAGUCGGGUAUUCUCCGGGCAUUGUAUUCUAUAAUAAAAAAGGCCCUGAAACCUACACCAUUGACGAGAAGGGAAACAUACUUAGAAUGGAACAUUGUGAAUGGUUGGGGAGAUUGCAGUCGUUGAAUAUAAUUGAUAAAAAGCAGUAACAUUUUGAACACCAUGUCUGUCUACGACAGUGAUGGAUCUUCAUUUUCGCAUCCUUCAUCUUUCUCUGACCAAAGGUUUAAGGUCAUAGUGGGCACUGCAUUGCAUUCUUCUCGUGUUUCAGGGGAUUCUGAAAACAAUGUCAAAGAGUGUAAGACAAUCGCACGUGAUUCCCUUGGAGGUACGCCAAAUACUGGAAAGCCAAAGGAGGGGUAUCUAUCUACAAUAUUCAGUUGCAGCUUGUUCCAGAAGGACAUUUAUGCAGGUAAAGUCGUCAUCUACCCUAAAUGUAUGCACAGGAUGUUGUCAAGUAAGUACCCAAAGAUUCUGUCGGUACUUGAAGAAACAUAUGGACGGGGAGCAUUUAUCUACGUUGGAGGGUCUUUUCAGUGUCUGUUUCCAAGACAUCCUCAGCGAUUUCACAAAAUUAAGUCGGGGUUGAUAUGUGACAUGUGCAUUUUUGCAAACAAUAAACCACCUAUCCUACUCACUGUUGCAAAGAACAGAAAACAGGGGGAUCAUUUAACCAGUUACAACUUGCAGAUGGAAAGAAACCUGGAAGAAUGGAUAAGCGAAACAUUGGUUGACUUCAAAGUCUUGUCUGUAGUUUUGACACCUCACGACUUUAGAAGCCGAGAACAUUUCAAAGGAAUAAUUUCCUAUGUUGAGAUACAAUCGCUGACAAAAGUUCUUCCCUCAACUUUGGCAACAGUGAUACUGACAAUGGAAACCUUUUUUCGGAAGCUGACAACCUGCAAGUUCGUUCAACGAUUUUAUGGAUUUUCCGAAGAAACUGUAUAUUUUGAUCAAGACUUAUUUGAAGAAUUCAUUGAACUGAUGGAAGAGGAAAAUACCAAAACUGUGUAUUCGAAAUGUUCAGACUAUACAAUGCUCCUGGCUUGUGAACUAAGCUACAGGUUAGCUCUGAUUGGGCACACAUCUAUCUAUUCAAGAUCAGAAGAAAAGAGCGAAUUUGAAGAACUAAGGAAAGCACAAAACCUGUCCAUCUCGAUCACUUACGGCAGGAAUGAUGCUGAUGAGAACUUGGAAGAAGGCGAUGUGCUCUUGUCGUCGUGGAAAGGGGGUAUAAUUCUAUUUCGAAAGGAGACGACAGAGGCUGCAGCUGCACGAAGAACCUUGGCGUCAAGUGUUGUUAACUGCAGUGCAAAGGCGCAGGAUGAAGAAAGACGCAACGAAUUGAUGGACCUCGUUUGUUUGAACAUUAGAAGGACAGAGGAACAACUAAAGAACACACUGCGCCGUGCUGACUCUAAGUACCAGAUAUCAACACUGGAAUCGUUCAGUAUAUAUUCACGAGAUGAAGACAUGCAGCCGUAUUCUGUGGGGACUGAUGUAGUGUCUAGGUCAUCGACACCGGAGAUUCCAGGCUUCAAAGAUAGCACAGUGCAACGGGAUCUUUAUUCACAAUAUACCGAUUCUCAGACAUCCAAAUCCAGUAAUCACAGGCAAAUGGCGAAAAUAGCAGAAGCAAUGUAUGAAGAAUGUCAUACUGGAGAUUUGGAUCACAUGACACUUUCACUCGGCACAAACAGGGACGAGGCAGCGGACAGAUAUACACGACAGACAGCCUACCCCCAGCAAAGCAGACAGCCAACAGAAGUUUCAGAAAUUGCCAUCCAGAAUGAACCAAGUCCUCCUCAUUAUAGUACCAAUGCUGAGACACGCUAUGAUAAAAAUGGCACAAAUAAGGUCAAGAGGCCUCUCAGAGACCAGAACAGUACUCGCGGAAGUAGUGUUUUGACUGAUUCACACAGCAUAAUCACAAGUGAACAAAGACCCACUCCCUUUUACCAACACAGAGACCAUGCCAGUACUCCAUGCAUCACGAACCAAGAUGCAUCAACAAGACACACAAGCACAAACCCACGUGAACAAAGGCCCAGUCCCUCUUACCAACCCUGGGACCCUGCCAGUACUCCAUACAUCACUAACCAAGAUACAUCAACUAGACACAAAAGCACAAACGCAAUUGAACAAAGGCCCAGUCCCUCUUACCAAUACUGGGAUUCUGCCAGUACUCCAUACAUCACUAACCAAGAUAUAUCAACUAGACACAAAAGCACAAACGCAAGUGAACAAAGGCCCAGUCCCUCUUACCAGCACAGGGACUCUGACAAUACUCCAUACAUCACUAACCAAGAUACACCAAUAAGAGACAGGAGCACAAACGCAAGUGAACAAAGGCCCAGUCCCUCUUACCAAUACUGGGACCCUGCCAGUACUCCAUACAUCACUUGCCAAGAUACAUCAACUAGACACAAAAGCACAAACGCAAGUGAACAAAGGCCCAGUCCCUCUUACCAAUACUGGGACCCUGCCAGUACUCCAUACAUCCCUUACCAAGAUACAUUAACAAGAGACAAAAGCACAAACGCAAGUGAUCAAAGACCCAGUCGCUCUUACCGACACAGGGACUCUGACAGUACUCCAUACAUCACUAACCAAGAUACAUCAACUAGACACAAAAGCACAAACGCAAGUGAACAAAGGCCCAGUCCCUCUUACCAAUACUGGAACCCUGCCAGUACUCCAUACAUCACUAACCAAGAUACAUCAAGUAGACACAAAAGCACAAACGCAAGUGAACAAAGGCCCAGUCCCUCUUACCAACACAGGGACUCUGCCAGUACUCCAUACAUCCCUUACCAAGAUACUUUAACAAGAGACAAAAGCACAAACGCAAGUGAUCAAAGGCCCAGUCGCUCUUACCGACACAGGGACUCUGACAGUACUCCAUACAUCACUUACCAAGAAACAUCAACUAGACACAAAAGAACAAACGCAAGUGAACAAAGGCCCAGUCCCUUUUACCAGUACUGGGACCCUGCCAGUACUCCAUACAUCACUAACCAAGAUACAUCAACUAGACACAAAAGCACAAACGCAAGUGAACAAAGGCCCAGUCCCUCUUACCAACACAGGGACUCUGACAAUACUCCAUACAUCACUAACCAAGAUACAUCAACUAGACACAAAAGCACAAACGCAAGUGAACAAAGGCCCAGUCCCUCUUACCAACACUUGGACCCUGCCAAUUCUCCAUACAUCACUAACCAAGAUACAUCCACUAGACACAAAAGCACAAACGCAAGUGAACAAAGGCCCAGUCCUUUUUACCAAUACUGGGACCCUGCCAAUACUCCAUACAUCACUAACCACGAUUCAUCAACUAGACACAAAAGCUUUCCGAAACACAACCAAAAUGCUGGCAAUGAGCUUGUGUGUGAAUCAUACCUCACAAACCAAGGAAAACCAAAAACACCAGGAGCCAGAAGGUCCCUAGAUCCAAGUUAUGAUCAUCUGUCAAGUAACGAACUUACAAGAGCCAGAAAUCAACAGAACAGUUACAUGGUCUUCAUCAUGCCUAAUCCGAGUUUAGAAGACCUCAGUGACAUAGACAAACAUACUUUCGUAUAGCUUUUGAAUGACCUCACCACCUAUUGUCUAUGAUGGUUGUAUUGUUGUGUAAGAGCGUACACCAAUGUCUGAUUGAGUAACGCCUUAGUCUGGAUGGGUUGUUACUUUUUUCAAUUACUGGUUUGACUGGCAACGGAUGUACUUUUACCAGCAGUCAUAUCAUAGCCAAGCCGACCUCGGACACGCGAACAGACGAUUAUGCAUCUCAUGAGAUUGAUGUUGGGGAAACGUAAUUCAUUUCAUAGUUGCAUGACAUUCCAGACAUAUACCAACGGAUCAUAACCGUAAACUGUUGAUCCAUUGAAUGCCAUAGUUUACUCACUCAGUUGUUUGUAAUACAACGAGGAAUAGAAUUAAACUGAUAACAGUGAUAUGAGUCCUGGAGAAGAUAUGGUGUAUGUGCGGGAUCAAUCACUCGAAGGUGAACAACUGCUAAAUAAAGAACAACGUUUGCCUUGACAUCACGACAGACAGCCUUCCCUCAGCAAAGCAGACAGCCUAUAGAAAUUUCAGAAAUUGACAACCAGAAUGAUCCAAGACCUUCUCAUUACAGCACCAAUGCUGAGACAUACCAUGAUCAAAUAGGCAGAAAUAUGAAUUCGACUGAUAACCAGUGAAAUGAUUUCUGGACAAGAUAUGGUGUAUGUGAUGGUGAAUCGUUUAACAUUUUCGAACUGGAUGUCCAUUUCCUCGAGGUUUUCAGUUGAUAAGGACGAAUAUACAAGGAACAAAAUCGACAAAGCAAGACUAUGCUCUAUUAAUGUUAAUCGAGAAAGUAUAUAUCCACGACUGUAUCAGCAACAAUACAAAACCAACACUAACCACAGUUAGUUUGACCCGAUGAUCUGCACACAGCAGCGACAUAGUUGCAGCACGUUGAUCUGAGAAUGAAUAGAACGAAAAAAACAGUGUGCAUUGUGCAGUUCUGACUAUGUAGGAAGCAUGAGUUUAUGAUCGUACUAUAAAAGCACCGUCUGUUUCGGAAACAAGAAACAGAACAGUAAACAAAGGAUUCAUACGGG